AUGGCUAUGCCCGGUACAGAAACUAUCCGCUUCAGGCGGCCGACAAAUGUCGCUGGCCCGACAAAGGUCGAGGAGAAGGACCAGUUUGGAAACGCGGCGCCCUCGGGAUGGAAGCGGAGACACCAAGGUCUGCUGCAGGACCAGGUUGGACGGCAACGAAACGGGCCCGUCGUGCCAUCGCUGUCGUUUGCGUUCCGUCUCCUGAUGCUCGUGCGCUUUACUGGCGCCAUGUAUGCGAUCAUCAGCGACUGCGACGAAGUGUUUAAUUUCUGGGAGCCGCUGCACUACUUCCAACACAACUCGGGAUGGCAGACGUGGGAGGUGUCGGCGCAGUACGCUGUGCGCAGCUGGGCGUACAUUGUCGCGCACUGGCCGUUCGCCUUCCUCGGCCCGAAGUUUCUCGGACUUGGUGAGCGCCAGCAGUUCUUCGCGCUCCGCAUCUGUCUCGCUGCGAUCUGCUCAUUCGCCGAGGCCAAGUUCUUCCGCACCGUUGUCACCGAGGUCAACGAGCGCGUUGGCCGGUACAUGUUCUUCAUGAUGCUGUUCAGCGCCGGAAUGUGGAACGCUUCGACUGCGUUCAUUCCAUCUUCGUUCGUCAUGUAUACAACCAUGCUGGCUGCGUCCUACUGGUUCCAUCCCGCCACGUCGACCCCCACGGGCAAGCGUCGCGCCUUCCUUGCGACGUUCUUCACAGCACUUGGGGCGAUUCUCGGCUGGCCGUUUGCUGCGGCUCUCGGCCUUCCCUUCGUGUUCGAGUAUCUGUUUGUAGCUGGCGGUGAAAUCGUUGCCCCCUCGAACCGCAUUGUCUGGGGCAGCGGUCGGAUGAACACGCUGAUUCGCGCUGUGAGCUGGUCGGCGUGCCUCGCGAUCCCCGUGGCGGCGUUCGAUUCUUGGGCCUACGGCCGCAACACGUUCCCGACGCUGAACAUUAUCCUGUACAACCUCUUCUCUAAGGGUGGCCCUGAUCUCUAUGGUACCGAGCCCUGGUACUGGUACAUCGCGAACCUGUUCGUCAACUUCAACUUCCUGACGCUCGCCGCUCUGGUGGCACUUCCGGCGUUGCUGUUCACGUACAAGUUUGACUUCCGCCGUCUCGGCAAGACGCAGAUGAAGCCGAAGGAGGGAGAGAGCAGCCCGUACCUGCUCCUCGCGAUCCGCCUUGCGCCGUUCUACCUGUGGUUCAUCUUCAUGAGCCUGCAGCCGCACAAGGAGGAGCGCUUCAUGUCCCCGAUUUACCCGUUCCUGUGCUUCAACGCUGCUGUCACCAUCUACCUCGUCAAGGGCUGGCAGGAGACGCUGUUCAUCAACCUGACGCACUCGCCGUACCGUGCGUCGCAGACGAGCAUGUUCUCCAACUUUGCGCUCGCCGCUGUCCUGCUCCCGUGCCUUAUCUCGCUCGGCCGCAUCGCCGCCACCCUCAAGUUCUACCAGGCGCCCUUCAACGUUGCGUACUACUUCCAGUACACGACGCUCCCCAACGUCCUCUCCGACAUGGGCUAUGAGCCGCUUCCUCUCCGCGAGGGCAGGAGCGGCGAGGACGUCCAGCACGAGUGGGACCUCACGCCGCUGCAGAACAUGACCCACCCGAUCAAUCUCUGCUACGGUACUGAGUGGCACCGCUUCCCGUCAUCGUUCCUCGUUCCCGAGGGCGUCAACACGCAGUGGAUCCAGACGAACGGCGAGGGCAUGAUGCCUCGUCAUUGGAACCCGAGCGGCCCCGCCGGCGCUUGGCCGCGCGAGGAGACUCGCGUUGUCCACUUUGGUCGCUUCAACGACAUGAACGAGCCCAGCGCCGAGCCCGGAGCCUACCUUCCCGUCGAGCAGUGCCACUACCUCGUCGCCGUGUCGCUGCCGUCGCAGCAGUUCUCGGAGAAGGAGCCCGACUACGUGCACGACGACGCGUGGAACCGUGAGUUCUGCACGACGUUCCUUGACGCCGCUUCGAGCCGCCCUUGGAGCCGCUUCCUCUGGUUCCCCUGGGGUGUUGGCGAGAAGGGCCGUGUCUACGGCGAGUACUGCCUGCUCCGCCAGAAGGGCGUCGAGAUCAACACGGAAGGUCUCUGA